AUGACAAAUUCAGAACAACAUUGUAUUUUUAACGAAGAAGAUGUACUUUAUGAAGAAGAAAUAUUAAGAAAUCCAUAUUCAGUUAAACAUUGGCAACGAUAUAUUGAUCAUUUAAAAUCCUCAAAACAUUUAAGUUUGAAUCUAGUCUAUGAGCGGGCUCUUAAGGAACUACCAGGAAGUUAUAAAUUAUGGUACAAUUAUCUAAGACAUAGAGUGAGUCAACUAAAGGAUCGAUGUAUUAUAGAUCCACUUUUUGAUAUUGUGAAUAAUGCUUUUGAAAGAGCAUUAGUAUUCAUGCAUAAAAUGCCUCGAAUUUGGAUGGAUUAUUGUUCAUUAAUGACAGAGCAAGGUUAUAUUACUCAAACUCGUCAUAUUUUUGACCGUGCUCUUAGAGCUCUUCCUAUAACACAACAUCACAGAAUUUGGCCUCUUUAUAUCGACUUUGUAAAGAAACAUAAUGUUCAUGAAACUGCAGUUCGAAUUUUCAGAAGAUAUUUAAAAUUAGCACCAGAAGAAACAGAAGAAUAUAUUGAUUACCUUAUUUCAAUAGACAGAUUGGAUGAAGCUGCUAUGAAGCUUGCAAAUAUUGUUAAUCAAGAUGAUUUUGUAUCAAAAUAUGGAAAAUCUAAACAUCAACUUUGGAAUGAACUUUGUGAUUUAAUAUCAAAAAAUCCUACAAAAAUUAAAUCUCUUAAUGUAGAUGCUAUAAUCCGUGGUGGAUUACGGCGUUAUACUGAUCAAGCUGGUCCUCUUUGGAAUGCAUUGGCAGAUUAUUAUGUUCGAAGUGGUCUUUUUGAAAGAGCUAGAGAUAUAUAUGAAGAAUCUAUACAAACUGUAACGACUGUAAGAGAUUUUUCACAAGUUUUUGAUGCUUAUGCACAAUUUGAAGAGCUGAGUCUUAAGAAACGAAUAGAGGAAGCUUCUGAAGUCCCCAUAGAGGAUGAUGAUAUUGAUUUAGAAUUAAGAUUAGCAAGAUUUGAAAAUCUUAUGGAAAGAAGAUUACUAUUACUUAAUUCUGUUUCGUUGAGACAAAAUCCUCAUAAUGUAUUAGAUUGGCAUAAAAGAGUAGAAUUAUAUCAAGGUCAACCUCAUGAGAUAAUAAAUACAUACACAGAAGCUGUGCAAAUAGUACAACCACAUUUAGCUGUUGGAAAAUUGCACACUUUAUGGGUAGCUUUCGCAAAGUUUUAUGAAAAAAAUGAACAAAUUUCAGAUGCUAGAACUAUAUUUGAAAAAGCAGUACUUGUUCCUUACUUAAAAGUAGAUGAUUUAGCUUCAGUCUGGUGCGAAUGGGCUGAAAUGGAAAUACGAUAUGGUUUUAACAAAGAUGUAUUAAAGCUUAUGCAUCAAGCUACAGCGAUGCCUUCUAGGAAAGUUGCGUAUCACGAUGAGACUGAAACUGUGCAAAUGAGAUUAUAUAGGUCUUUAAAAAUUUGGUCCAUGUAUGCUGAUCUUGAAGAAAGUUUUGGAACUUUUAAAACUUGUAAAGCUGUUUAUGAUAAAAUAUUAGAUUUAAAAAUUGCAACUCCUCAAAUAAUUAUAAAUUAUGGUUUAUUUCUCGAAGAAAAUAAUUACUUUGAAGAAGCUUUUAGAGCUUAUGAGAAAGGUAUCGCAUUAUUUAAAUGGCCAAACGUUUUUGAUAUUUGGAAUACAUAUCUUACUAAAUUUUUAAAACGUUAUGGUGGCUCAAAAUUAGAAAGAACUCGUGAUUUGUUUGAACAAUGCCUUGAACAUUGUCCUCGAAAAUAUGCGAAAGCUUUCUAUCUUUUAUAUGCUAAAUUAGAAGAAGAGCAUGGACUAGCUAGACAUGCAAUGUCAGUGUAUGAACGAGCUACAAAUGCUGUUUUACCUGAAGAACAAUUUGAAAUGUUCAAUAUAUAUAUAAAAAAAGCUGCAGAUAUUUAUGGUGUUCCAAAAACAAGAGAGAUUUAUGAAAAAGCAAUAGAUAUUUUAAGUGAAGAAAAGACGAGAGAAAUGUGUUUACGAUUUGCAGAAAUGGAAACUAAAUUAGGUGAAGUUGAUAGAGCUAGAGUAAUCUAUGCUCACUGUAGUCAAAUCAGUGAUCCAAGAGUUUCUUGUAGUUUCUGGCAAAUAUGGAAAGAUUUUGAAGUGAGUCAUGGCAAUGAAGAUACAAUGCGCGAAAUGCUUAGAAUAAAGCGAAGUGUGCAGGCUAUGUAUAAUACACAAGUAAAUAUGAUGUCUGCACAAAUGCUUAAUACUUCUACAAAUCAAAUAAAUGAAUCAAUAGAUGUUAUGAAACUUCGAAAUAAUAAAAUUUCUGAAACUGUUGACAUUAUUAGAUCAACGCAAACAAUUAAUUUUAUUCGUGAAACCAUGGAAGAAAGUAAUAAAUUUGAUCUUCGAAUUAUUAAUCCAGAUGAAAUUAAUAUUGAAAUGAAUUCUGAUGAUGAUAAUAGUGAUAUCAAUGAAAUGGAAGAUAUUCCCAUUGAAAAACAAAUUAUUCCAGUUCAAGUAUUUGGUGGUUUAAAAAAUGAUUAGAAAUACUAUGAAUAUGUGGAUUUAUAAAAUGCAGAUCGUUAUACACUUGAGAAUCAUCAAUAUCAGUUUCACCUUGUAUUGUAACUUGUUUUUUUCU